CAAUACCAGCGGUUGUCAACUUAAAUACACAGAAGAUCUAUUGAGCCAAGAAAUACAAUGGAUGUAUUCUGAGAUUUGUUUGACUAUUCACCUCACAGUUUAAGAGCAUUCAGCUCCAAGAACAUCAUUCAAUCUCUAAAGAUGGAUAUGUCCUCAACUAGGGAGGUUGACUUCAUCACCCCACUCUGUGCUUCAGACAAACCUUCAUGCCCCGAGCUGAGGGAUGGAGAUAGCUAUCACGUCUUCAUCAGCUACAGCAGUUGUGAUUCACAAUGGACAGAAAGCCUCAUUAGCUGGCUAGAAUCCCCUCAGUGUGGUCUUCUGACCUGCUACCACAGCAGAGAUUUUGUCCCUGGCUGCGACAUCCUGGAGAACAUGACCAACUGCAUUCAGAAAAGUCAGAAAGUGCUCCUCGUCCUCAGCCAGGACUUUGUGAGGAGUCGCUGGUGUCUGCUGGAGGCCAACAUGUCCCUGUUCAGAGACUGUCUGGAGCGCAAGCCUUUAGUUCCGGUGCUGCUGGAACCUGACAUCACCGUCCCGCUGCACCUCUGCCACAUAACAUACUUGGACGCUAAAGACCCGGAGUUCCACAGUAAACUGUUGAAAGUUCUUUGCACCCCCAAUCACCAGAUGCAGGGUUCUAGGGUGGUGCCUUACCAGCCGCCCUCUGUCUACAGUGGGAAAGCUCUGCAGCCUCUCUCAGCAGUGAAUGAGGAGGGCCUCCACAGGUGGGAGGCUGGUGUGUUCAGUGACCAAGGAGUUCCUGAGCAGCUGCGGUUAGUGCUACAGAAUGAGGAGAGGUACAUCGCAGCUAUCAGGAUGGUGAACAGUGUCUCUCAAACUAAAGUGUGGCUCCGGUCUCUAUCCUCCAGGAUUCUGUUUUAUUUUCUCGGAAUCGCGUUUCUUGUAAGUUUAGGCCCCAUGAUAACUUAUUGUAUUGCCGGAUAUGAUGCAUCAGCCAUAAUUUACUUUUUCCCUUUCGUGGCAUUUAUCUUUAGGCUAAGUUUGUGGCACGUAGACGAUGAUAAAUAUAUAACACAUGAAAUGCAGAAGUGUACCGGAGAAGCUAACGUUGCUCUUUCUGAGGAGAAGAUUCUAAUGGGCUGUCAGUCACGAACCAAACUGUACCUUGUGUAUGUAUCUUUGGAUGGAUGCAAGCGCAUGUUUAUUGAGAUGUUCCAGUCAGCCCUUGCUGAGGAAAUGUUCCAAAGGGCCUUGCUCAGCUUCUCGUCAGGCUAUGCUUGCUGUUUAGCCAAAACGCACUUCCCUUUUGACACUACCACCUCAAAUGGCCACUUGAAAGAUGGUGUGUGCUUCUGUCAGUAUGUCACUCAACAGCUGAAGAAGGAUAAGCGGUCAUAGGAUUCCAGCUAAAGAAAUUAAUUCUGCGAUGUACUCUUGCAAGAUCAGUGGACUUCAGUGAACGAUGUCGCCAUUUUAGUAAAUCGUGUGCUCAUUAGUAAAUCAUACACUCAUCUUACUAAAUUGUGUGCACAUUUUAGCAAAGUUUUAAUUUAGUAAAACAAGUGCACAUUAUUAUAAAAUGUUCUGCCUUCUUUAUAGGCAUUUGGUAUUCUAAGUCUACAAUGACAGUUCCAAUGGUAUCAAAUAUGCCUUUGCUAUAUUUACUCCCGCCAACCCUAAUUCAUUAAUGGCUAAUUUAGCCCUCGGGCUGUGAUGCUUUUAUGAGACCAGGGCUGUGAUGCAUUUAUGAGACUUGUCCUUUGUAUAUGCAGCUCACUGCAUGGGACGCCCAUCAAGAAGUCAUGCGAAAUUGACCUCACUUGUCACCACUGAAGUCAACAGGAAGACAUGUCCAUAUUUUUUAUUGUCCAGAUCCUCCCAAGUGCGAGCCUGGAGAGAAAGUCUGGAAGUGCUUGAAUUCACAGGGCCCCAGAGCUGCUGUUUGAAGAGACUGUCCAUUUCCUGUUGAUCUGAAUGGGAUGAAAAACAUGUUUCCACCUAGGUGGGAAUAAGUUGCACACCACCAUGUCUCUGGUGUCUCUCUUCCCAGAAAAUACAAAGCUCAUUAAAGUUAAUUUGAAAAAAAAAAAAAAAAACUUGUAACCCUUCAGGGAGUCAGUGUCCCCCAUGGCUUCUACAAAUUUGUAAAAAAAAAAAAAAUGGUUCACCUCACCAAUAAAAACAUAAAUACAAUAUUUGUAUUUAUACAAUCUUUGCUGGGCAACCACAGUGUCAUGCAGUGGGUGGCUCCUGUUUCUGAGGAUAGAUUUCAUCCUCCUCCUCAUUUUCUCCUCCACCAGAUCUCCUAUAGAAACCACCCUCCUCCCCAACACUGACACACACUUCCUGACCAGUUUGUCCAAUCUGUUAUGGCCCCUGGCUGUCAUACAGCUGCCCCAACACACCAGCAUGUCAUUGCAGACCUGGAGAGAUUUUAGUUUCCUGAGGAAGAAGAGCCUGCUCUGACCUUUCUUGUAGGCUGCAUCUGCAUGGACUGACCAAUUUCCACAGGUAGAUGGUGUGCCUUACGCAUCCCAAAGUCCACUAUCAUCUCCUUGGUUUUGGCUACGUUGAGGACAAGACCAUUGCACCUGCUCCAGGUCGUGAACUCUGAGAUGACCCUCCUGUACUCCGCCUCAUC